AUGAAAUUCUUAAGCUUUGUCUUACUUAUUUGCGCUUUAACUGUGUUAGCCAAGGGGGAAGAAGAAUUUGAUAAAUCAUAAUCAUUGGAAGUAAAAGUUGAUACUUACGAUGACUUCCUUAAGUUAACUAAAACUAAUGAUUAUUUCCUUUUCUUUUACAGUCCUUCAUGCCCUUACUGCCAAAGAGUUUAUUCUGAAUUGAAAAACUUGACUACUUUGAUUCAAGACUACAAUAAAAAUGUAGCUAUUCCUUAAAAGAAGGCUGAAUUAAAGUUAGCUCAUAUUGAUGGUAUUGAAAAUAAAGCUCUUAUUGAUACUUUAUCAGUUGAAUUUUAUCCUAGUUUUAUCUAUUUUAUCAAUGGAUUUAUUAGAUUCUAUCCUCUAUCAAGUGAGAGAAAUGCUAACAAAUUCUUUGAAUUUUACACUUAAGAUUAUAUCAAGCAUCUACCUGAAAUCCCUGGACUUAAAAGAGACAUUUUGACCAAGAAGGCUUUAUGGUCUUUUUAUAACAAGCUCGCUAAUAAGUAUGAAUAAUUACCAGAACUUUUCUGGGCUGCUGGUGCUAUCCUUGGUUUAGGUCUUCUCCUCCACCCUUUCCUUUAUAGAUAAUUCCCAUCAGAAAAGAAGUAAUGA